AUGACACAGCUAAUCUCUUCGGUCACCUCAAAACUGCAGGCUUUCGACCUUCUAUAUUCAGCUUCCCAUGGAAACCACUACGAUCUACGACGUAUAACUGAUAUUAUUGCGGAGAGCGAGUCAAUUAAGCAACAGAAGAUUACAGCACAAAAGGAAUUAGCAAGAGCAAGACCUGCGAAGCUGGUAUCUAAGAAACAGCAAAAGAAAGAAGAGACCGAGCAUUUUCAAAAACUUACUGCUCGACGACAUCCUGAUGCUCUGCCUAUCUUAUCACGCCCUCGGCCCGUUGUAAGUGGCAAGCGACGGAUCCCAGUGCUCGUCAACGCACGUGGGGUACCAUUUCUGCGCAUCAAGAAACCUCAGCCCAAAAACCUCAGUGGUGUUCUAAGAACAAAGCUCGAAAAGCGAUGGAAUCUGGUCGAGCGUCGAGAAAGACUGCAAAUGGACCAACCGUUCACCAAGGAUGAAGAUGAUUGGGACUCCUUGACUGGUCAUGAAGAAAAGACCAAGUGGAGGACCGCGGUCCAAACAGCAAUAAAGGACGCAAAUCAAAAAAUUCACCAUACGGAUAUGAAGAACAAAAAGCAUGCAGAGGCACUGUGGGAAGUUGUUCUCGCCGAGCGCACACUAGCAGAAAAAGAACAAAAGCAGAACUCCAUUAAACCGGAUGUGCUGGUUUAA